UGUUCUUGCGAAGAAUCUCAAUACCAAUAUAGUACUUUGAUCGCAAUUUCAUCAGAUUUAUGGUUAAUUUUAUUGGCUCAAAAUCAUGUAAUUUGGAUUUACGUAGAAAAUACUUAUAAAUUUGGAUUUACAUGGGAAAUACCAAAAUAUUUGGAUUUACAUGG